AAAAAUAUGCCAAAGCCUUGUGCAAACUGCAACUCUAGAAACGCAGCACUUAAAAGACCAAAGAACGGAGCCCUCAUUUGUAGGGAAUGUUUCUUUGACUUGUUCGAGACGGAAAUUCAUGAAACUAUUAUUAAUAAUAAUUUAUUUAAACCUGGAGAUAAGGUUGCUAUUGCUGCUAGUGGUGGAAAGGAUUCUACAGCGUUGGCACAUAUUAUGAAAGUUUUGAAUGAAAGAUAUAAUUACGGAUUGGAUUUAUACUUGUUGAGUAUUGAUGAAGGUAUUAAAGGUUAUAGAGAUGAUAGUUUAGAAACAGUUAAAAGAAAUAGAGAGCAAUAUCAAGUACCUCUCAAAAUUUUAAGUUAUAAAGAAUUAUAUGGAUGGUCAAUGGAUGAAAUUGUUCAACAAAUCGGAUUGAAGAAUAACUGUACAUUCUGUGGAGUUUUCAGAAGACAAGCACUUGAUAGAGGAUGUGAACAAUUAAAGGUUGACAAGAUGGUAACUGGUCACAAUGCCGAUGAUAUUGCUGAAACUGUUUUGAUGAAUAUUCUUAGAGGAGAUAUUGGAAGACUUGAACGAUGUGUUGAUAUUAUUACACAUGAUGAAGGAGGUUUUAGCAUUCCAAGAGCCAAACCAUUCAAGUAUACUUAUCAAAAGGAAAUUGUUCUCUACGCCUAUUUUAAGAAAUUAGAUUACUUUAGUACUGAGUGCUCUUAUUCUCCAAAUGCUUACAGAGGACAUGCUAGAGAACUUAUCAAGGAUUUGGAACAAUUACGACCUCAAACAAUUAUUGAUAUUGUUAAAUCUGCUGAACAAUUUGAAUUUACCAAUGAAACAAUCUCAGAGGAUUCCACUGUAAAAAAGAGAACUUUGAUGAACUGUGUCAAGUGUGGUUAUAUUAGUAGUCAAGAAUUGUGUAGAGCAUGUGUCUUCCUUGAAGGUCUUAACAAGGGUACUGCCAGAAUUACUUUAUACUCAUCUCAUGGUCAAGCAAGAGCAGGUAGAGAAGCAAUGGCCAAAGAGAUUGAACAACAAUCAUCAUCUUCAUCUCAAACAGAUGCUGCCUCAACACCACAAGAUAAGAAGCCAUCCCAAGAUAAAUCUCUAGAGUGGUAAUAAAUUAGUUUUAUUGC